AUGGAGGCGCUCACCUUUAACAUUAAUGACGGCUUCCUCGAAGGCAUCGUGCGCGGGUACAAGGCGUCGAUGCUGACGGCCGCAAAUUACCAAGCGCUAACACAGUGCGAGACGCUGGAGGACCUGCGUAUGCAGCUCUCUGCGACGGACUAUGGCAACUUUUUGGCUAACGAGCCUUCGCCCAUUGCUACUUCGGCGAUUGCUCAGCGUGCAGCCCGUAAGCUCGUGAAUGAGUUCGAGUUCCUGCGUGCGAAUGCUACAGCGCCGCUCAACAAGUUCCUCGACUAUCUCACGUAUUCGUACAUGAUCGAUAAUGUCAUCUUGCUGAUCACAGGUACUCUCCAUGGCCGUGACACACAUGAACUGUUGGAUCGGUGCCAUCCGCUAGGCUGGUUUGAUACCCUUCCUGCUCUCUGUGUGGCUACCAACGUGGAGGAGCUAUACCGCACAGUCCUUGUCGAGACCCCUCUUUCACCGUACUUCCGCGACUGUUUCUCUGCCUCCGAUUUGGACGACCUGAACAUUGAGAUCAUUCGCAACAAGCUGUACAAGGCAUACUUGGAAGAUUUCCACGAGUUCUGCCAAUCGCUCGGCGGCCCGACUGCAGAGAGCAUGGGCGAGCUCUUGGCUUUCGAGGCGGAUCGCCGUACUAUCAACAUAACGAUCAACUCGUUCGGCACAUUGCUGAGCAAGUCAGAGCGUGCUCGUCUUUUCCCAAGCCUCGGAAAGCUUUUCCCUGCGGGCAACAAUGCCUUGGCCAAAGCCGACGAACUCGAUCAGGUCAAAGCCAUCGUCGAAUCUGUGCCUGAAUACCGCCGGCUGUUUGAUGAUGGCGGCGUUGGGUCUAUGGCAGAUGGUCAAGCUGGUAUCGAUAUGAUUGAGGAUAAAAUGUUCGAGUAUGAAGUGGAACUGAACCGUCUUCUCACGAUGACCCAGUUCCAGUAUGGCAUCUUCUACUCGUGGCUGAAGCUCAAGGAGCAGGAAAUCCGCUCGAUUUGCUGGAUUGCCGAGUGUAUCGCACAGAACGCUCGCGACCGCAUCAAUGACUUUGUGCCGCCUGUCUAG